UGAAAGGAAAACUCGCAACAGGAGACGCAUCCGGACCAGCAGGCGGCGGUAGACGGAGCGGCAGACCCCCAACAAUGAGCAGGGACGUGGAUGUGUCUGUGAAACACUUUGAGAGCGCUUGAAUGAACGUGCUGAUCCCCGAGCCGAGCCUCCGUGGUGCUGAAGGGACAGCUCCCCAUCUCACUGACAUCUGCAGAUAUGUUCACCCGGAUGUUAAAGCUGAGACUUCUCAAUGCUGUCGCCCCUACAUACUUCUUCAUGGCCACAGCAGUCACCUUCAUUUUACACUUUGGCUUCUUCAUCCCAGCAAUCUUCCCAAACCCAGACACAUCUCUGAAGAGCUCCACGACUCUUCACACUGUUCUUUUUCUGUUCUUGAUGUUCAACGCUCUGGGGAACUACAUAAUGACUAUUAAAUAUCCUGCUGAAAGUGCCAACGAGACUGUGGUGCCGGUGUGUUCGCCACACUGUUCGGACAAAGUGGACGCUCACUACCUCCUCAACGGUCGCCACUUCUGCAAACUGUGUAAGAAAGUGAUUCUGAAGAGGGAUCAUCACUGCUUUUUCACGGGGAACUGCAUUGGAAACAAAAAUAUGCGCUACUUCAUCAUGUUCUGCAUCUACACUUCAUGUACGUGUUUGUACUCGUUGGUUCUCGGUGUGGCCUUCCUCACAGUGGAGUACUCCAUCUCUUUCGAGAACCCACUCACCUUCCUCACUCUCCUCCCCCUCUCCACUGGUUACUUCUUCAUGGGAACUAUCUCAGGCCUGCAGCUGUUCCUGGUGCUGAUGCUCUAUGUGUGGCUUGGCAUUGGCCUGGUUUGCGCAGGUUUCUGUUGCCAGCAAGUGCUCCUAGUGGCCCGUGGACAGACCUGGUGCCAGAUGCAGAGGGGGCAGCUGGUGGAGAACCGCAGUCCCUGGAGAACCAAUCUUAAAGAUGUUUUUGGUACCCGCUGGUUCCUUGGCCUAGUGCUGCCUCUGCAGACGGUGGAGACAUGCUCUGAAGAUAUGGACGCACAGAAACAAGACUGAGGGAUAACAAUGUGUCUUAUUAAUAUGUCACGUGAAAAGCACUAGUUGUAAAAAGUGCUCUCUUGGGAGUCAAGUGGUGAUUGAUUUCAAAUACUGAAUGGAUGCUUUAUGACCUUUAAAGUAGACCAUGAAAUAGUUAGCAGUUAGCACACAUUCCUUUAAGGACAGGAGCCAUAUAUUAGUGUGAAACUUUUGAAUAGAGUAAGAUUAAGUGUAUGCUUUAAGUAAGUCUCUGAUGACAAGGCAAUAUUAGGACAAAUAAGUUGGUGAUUAACAUCCAGCAGGUAUUCAAUGCUCUGCUCCUCUCUUGAAUCAGAAAAUAGAACAAUGCCUUCUUGCGUAAGUGCAUGCAUUCACAGCUUUACAUUUCAAUAUCGCAUCAUGCAGUUGCUCUGAGAUUACCAUUCAAGUGUGUUGUUGUGCUGCUCUUUUUUGUAGGAUGCUUUGAUGUGACUUUCAGGAAACUUCUAGUAGUUUCUGCAACAAUAACUGACUUCUUUGUUAAGGGCUAGCAGAUACGGAAACUACAGGGUCUAAAGCAUAAACUGCCAGGCUUGACAACAAUAAGCUGUUACAUGUUUAGCCUGAAGUUUUCUACUCAGAUGAAUGUGACUCAGACAGUGUGAUGCAGAUACAGUAAUGUGCUCCUUUAUAAGAGUGGGUGGGAAAAUGUGAUAGUGAUUACCGUAUUAUUAUCCAGGGUAUUAUUCACAAUGUGCCAUACACUCAUGUCUUAUACGCUUACAGAAUACCCCAAAAUUUGAGGUAUUCACUGCAUUGCUAAUGAAAGGGCGUCUUUUUAAUAACAGUAAGGACUUUCACUGUAAUACUGAAAUACUCAUCAUGUGAAAGAUGUUUUGGAUUUCAAUACAUAUACUUUUAAGAGCUAUUUUGUCUAUUCCUGUAAUACUAAUAAAAGCAUUUUAAUCACAGCACCAAUAAGUUCUUUGUUUUAAAAGUGAUAAUUCAGUGAAAUAACAGACAACAGAAAUGACGUUUAAAGUUUUUAUGACUGUUCAUCAUGUCAAAGUGGCUGUUGCUAAAGAAACAAUACAAAGAAAGCACAUUUCACAAAAACAGAAAAAAGCAAUCUCUGAAAAAAUCUCUUCAUAAAGUGUCAUUGCCCUUUGAAAUCAAGACCGAUUGGACUACCUUUUAGUUAGCAGUAACUAAAGAUUAAGGAAACGAUGCAACAGUUGUGUACUGUCGCAAUAAUAAAUACUAGAACAGUAAACCUAGACUCAACAUUUAAAACUAACUCAUUGAUGGCUUAACUUGUACUCAUGUUAUUCUCUACACAGCAGCUCCAAGCCAGGACGUGAUUCUUUUCAAAUCGGACAAGAAUAUUACUUCUUUGGAUAAAUUUCAGGACAUUCAACUUCCCUCCACAUGAAGCUCACAAUCUAAGCUGCUCAGUAUUAAUAUGAAGUACAAACACUGACAUGUUCAAAAAGGCACAGGCAUCCAGAAAAGCAUUUCAAUUAACAUUUUUUUUCCAAAACAGAACGCUCACACAUGAACACAAGUCGUAACAUUCGUCUAAAAUAAUGUCAGUCAUUAUAUAACUUAAGUGCAAGAGUCUAACGCAAAAAUAAACCAUUUAGCUGUCAUUUCAAAAUCUAGACAUUUUAAUCAAUAACACGUAAUACUGAGCUCAAGCAGGAAUGAACAUGGCAGCUACAAAGUAAGAGUAAAGGAGAUCUGUUAGUUCAUGGCUACAGCACUUCACCUGCUACAGUUGAAACUUGUACAAACUCCACUCGGUUCUUAGCGGCAUUAUUUGACAAAAGGAGCUUGCUUUGCAAAGACUUCAUUAUGUGCUCAGUCUGUUUACAUUAAUCACAUGGCUUUAGUCUGGGUCAGAAACAUAAAACAAAUAAAUAACACUUAGACCAAGUGACUAAAUCAUAUCAACAUUUCACUGUUUAGCCCUCCUAUUGUGAGCUACCCAGAUGUUAUUUUUGAAAUAUAGAACACAAGCUGCCAGUAAACAUACUUUCACUUACAUGAAACAUCAGCUAACGCAGGUUCAUUGGCUGACAGAUUUCAAAAUCAAAGUAAACAAUAAAAAGUUAUCAAGACAGCGCCCAGUUGAUUAAUGAUGCUUCAAAGGGCAGACAUAACCAUUCAGGUUUUCGGUUUGAUUGAAAGAGUUUGUAUUCUUCUUGUCAUCUCUAUCAGCAAUUAUAUUCAAGGCAUGUAUAAGGUAUUAACCCCAUGUUUCCUCACAUGUGCUGUAAGGCAUGCAUUUUAUGCAAUCAGGGGUCCAAUAUAUAGAAGCCAUAGCCCUAUAGCAAGUUAAACUUGCCACUUUGAAGCAAGAGAGACAAUAAAAUGUAUUAUAGGCAAGGGUUUUAAGUGUUAGCAUGCUUCCAAACCGCCACUCGGUAAUAAUAGGUGUGCUUCAGUCUUAAUUCAAACCAGCAGUUCUACAUGUUCGCUCCAUAACUCUUACAUUUCAGAGGAUUUCUCCUGACAGAAGUGUGAAAGUGUAGAGUUAAGAUUAGUUACAGCUUGUUUAGUUAUAAAGCUGUGUGCUGUAAGUUUUACUUCAAGCGAGGAAAGCUUAUGUUGUUAUUAUUUGAGAUAUGUUUUUGCCUUCAGCAAUCCAUCCUGUGACCCCUUUAAUAGAGAACUGCUGUUCAUGCCUAUCUUAAUAUUAUGCCAGGACUCUCGGAGCUUUAGCUGCCCACUGCUCCUUGUCUGUGUGCUGCAGAGAGAGCUGCAGUUUAGUCCAGAGCUGCGGGUCUCCGCUGCUCAGAGCCUCCAGCAGCAGAGCCGUUUGCUCCUGAAGCUGCUGGAGCUGACCUUGGGUGCGCUUAUUUUCCUUGAUCAGCUGCUUUGUGCGCAUGGUGAUGCCGAGCAGGCCAGAUUUGUUGAGGAUGUUGUAGGUAUUGCUGAAACGUUUGAGUUUGUUGUUGUCCACAGAGAAGGGGUCCUGAUCAUCAUCAUCCUGCAUCUCGUUGGAAUCAGUCUCAGUCCUGAAAUCAUCUGUGUAUGGGAGCAGACAGCUGGUCCCUGCCAGCACUGAGAAGGACGUGUCAGUGAGUUGCUUGUGACUCUGAGCUGCCUGUGGUUGGUUGUCUGCUGCUUCAAAGCUGGAGAUGGGUUUGAUUGUGCUCUGCAGUGCUGGCUGCGGGCUGGGAGAGCUGUACAGCCUGUGGCUGUGGUGAUGCCUCCUCUGUCGCCGCUCAUAUCCUGAUGUUGAACUCACCCUCACCCUGGAGGAUCCCACCCUCUUAGUUGGUGUGUCUGCAGGUUGUGGGGCAAUUCUGGGAUAUGACUUAAGGAUGGGCAUGUAGCUUUUAGAUUGUUUUUUAUUUUCAGGAGCAGACUUUUGAGAGCUGCUGCUGCUGCUGCUGCUGCUGCUAUUUGAUACCACUGGCUGCAGAAGAACAACCUGUGACUGAGGCAUUACUUCCAUGGGAGACGGAAAGCCCCACUGUUUCUCUGUGGCGGUCAUUGCAGAUGGCUAGAGAAAAAAAUAUUGAAUACUUUAUUAUUGUGAUAUAUUUAAGAUACAGUGCUUAAACAAAAGGGACGGAACAAAACUGAACAAUUAAAACAGGACACCAAAGCAAUCAGAUGAAUAGGUGAGAAGAAAAUGAGUCUCGUUACCCCGUUUUAAAGAGCAGGGGGCGCCUACGGACUUUUGACCUUCUCUGAUUAAUGUCAUCAAGUUUGUUAGAUCUGUAGCUCAGUAGAGGCUUACAGACAUGGAAGUGAUGUUUUGCAGUUGAGGCAGUUGCAUUGCCAGUGUCCCCCACACAGAGACGGUAAACAUGCAUGCAAAAUAAUAUUUGCUGAUCAUUUCAAGAUUUCAUUUUUGUCCAUUUACGAUAAUAAUCCACGAUCAAUGACUUAGUGAACAAUAUCUCUCUCUCUUUCUCACUCUACUCUUUCUGGUAUAUGUUGCGUUGGUCUCCACACCUGCUCUUCUGGUAACAUAGAGGAAAAGAGAGACUAAAUGGACAACGAAAUGUUGGCUUCCCCCAUAUGAGCUUAUGGCUCUUCAAAAUAUUGAAGUGCACAUUAGUGAUCAAAACUAAUAAAGAAAACUAGGCAUAAGAGGGCAAAACUUGAAUGUAAAUUUGGCUACCUACACUCUUAAAAAAUAUGAAAGUAGUCACAGCAUGAACCAAGCAUUGUGAAUCAAAUUGUGGGUUGAGUGUAUUGUUGCAUCCCUGAUAACAAUCUGAUACAUACACCUUUUACCAUAUUUCAGCACCCUUUUCAGUCAUUUUGUCUCACUGAUUCUGGCACUGCACUCUCACAGCAACAUGUAUUUUUACCCUGAACUGAUUAAGAACUCUAGUUGAGUGAACAUAAAAUAAAGUAAAAAGUAGAAAGGUUGGACCUUUGCUACAAAAUCCAGACAUACAUCUCUAAAAUGAGACAGCAAAAAUGUGUAAAUCCCCCUCAGUUACAAGAAAGAAGAACAGAGUACAUUUGAGGAAGUACAGUAUGAUUCGGUGGUACUAAAUAUGUGCUGUGUUCCAGCUGUUUGGCUGAGGGUUGACUUCCCUGUUUCCAUAAUUUUGGAAAAACAUAGGCCACAAAUGCAGGCAAAAAAGCUCAAAUGUAACAAGGCUACUUACAACCCCCCAAAAGUAAUAAUCAAACAGUGCUAGGUAGAGACAGGCACACAGGGUUGUUGUUGGGUUUUUACCUGCUUUAAGACAAAGUUAUUCAUGAUGAUCAUCGGAGAUAGUCCAGCGUAUGAGCCUCCCAUCAAAGCCACCUGAGGUCCAGUCUGGUCCUGGCUGAUAACUGACCCGCUCCUGCCCACAUCCUCAGAGUCAGUCAGAUCAACUGCACUGAGGUACUCUGAGCUCGCAUCUAAGGAGGGGAGGACAAAAGAAUGAGGAUCUCAUCGUAUUUGAAAACAACUUGUUUACCUUUCUGUUGUGUCUGUGAGAGAAGCUCAGUGCUAUGGAAACAGUGAAGGAUACAUUUACGCUUCACCAGAGGGCCUUGAAAAAUGAUAUCAACAACCUGAUAAGGAGGGCUAAACAACAUUCAGGUCAGUGCUCAAAGUGUAAAUAAAAGUCAUCUGAAAAAAUGACCCAAUUGAUGACAGCUUAAACAAAAUAACAUGACCUAGAUCCCUACAUUUGAUAUGGGUUGACCUUGUUAAUCCCUUUAUAGCAGCUUUUUUUUAAUAAUAUAAAUUAGUGGUAAGGUGUAAAUAAGGUGUAAAAUAAAAACAUUGGGGAGAACACAGAACUGAAAGGCAUGUGACUAUAAAGCAACUUUAUAGACUCAAACCUGAGAAGCCUGAAUCCCUCUCCAGGUCAGGCUUGGAUGCUCCAUGGUGUGUUGUCCUGGUGAAUGGAUACGUCUUGUGCCGAUAAGGCCUGUUGAAACGGUUCAUGUUUGCCUGCUUUGAAAAAGAAAAAGAAAGUUUUUUAGUUUAACAAUGUACCAUAAUGUACCAGAGCCUGAUAUGCUAAUUAGGGAUGUAAGGAUAUAUCGCAAAUUGGUAAAAAAUCGAUACAAAUAAGGGUGAAUUAAAAUCAACAAAAUUUGUAUAGGGAUACUAUUUUUAAACAGUAGAAGGCCCUAUCUGCAUUAAACUCUGCUUGUUCAUCAUCAUUAAGUCUCUGUGGCUGAGUGACAGGUCUCCACGAGCGCUUUUUUUCUCCGCUACUGGACUGAUUCUGACCCGGUUGCGCUCCCGGCUGACACUUGACCGCGUUGACAUGCUUUUUUUUCUCAGUAAGAACGAGUAGACAGAAAACUUUGAGUCUAAAAUAUGAUUCUGUUCAGUUGUCCUGUUGCAGUAAAUCCACAUGUUGUAGUCUGAGUCUUCACAGAUGACCAUGCGUCCACGGAGAUUAUUUAUAAGCCUGCUCCUCAUGUUGAUAUUCAGCGUGUUUAACAUUUUGAACACCUCAAUAUGAUAAGUAGCUGUUUAAUACCAUCAGUGAUAUACACUGUGGCAAUGUGGCAUUACUUUUUGACAUGGAAAACUUUUACGUUUUUUUUUAUAAUUAAACGAUAAUUGAUCGUUAACAUUUCAAAAGAUUGAUCAAGUAGAAUACUUGAAAUUUACAUCCCUAAUUUAAAGAGAUUUACCUUAACCUUUUUUAAAAUCCAAUACUUUCAUUUGGGAAUCAUUAAAUUUCCUUUUCUUUAUAAUUGUUCUGAAAUUUUCCAGCAAGGUAUUUUUAUGCAGUAGUUUAGUUUUUUUGCAAGGUGCUGAAAAAGGUGUGCAGUGGUUUUGUUUAGACAGAUAGACAGACAGUUGGAUAGACAGACAGACAGACAGACAGACAGACAGACAGACAGAUAGAUAGAUAGAUAGAUAGAUAGAUAGAUAGAUCUUUAUUAGGAGAUUUGUUGCUCACCAGACAAAGCUUCUGCCAAACCGGGCUCGCCUACAGUAUGGGGAUCUGUAUUUGAUUCUGAGUUUGAGUUACAACACACACUAAAAAUGAAAAAGGAUUAUUUUGUUUACAAAGAAGUAUAAGAGAAAAAAUAUAUAUUGCAAGUGACCAAAUCUGAGAGUUGAAAUAAAAUAAUAGUUAUUUAAAUUUUGAGUUCAAUCCAGUUUUCUUGAAAAUCGUUAGAUAAUCGUGAGUGAAUCGUAUCGUGAACCAAAAAUCGGGAUUUGAAUCGAAUCGUGGGUUGAGUGUUUCCUUACAUCCCUAAUAUUAACCCAUGGUGUUUGAUUUUGGGUGGGGGUUUUGUGAGUGUGCCGCAUCGGGUGAGGACAUUGAGAUAUGCUGUAUGGGUAAUCAUUCAUUAAUCCGUAUAGAAUAUGUAAUAUAUGUAAUAUAUGGUUGAUAUGUAUGUGAUGAAUAUAAUACUUAAUGAAUAUGGUGUGUGAUUAAUGUAUAUAUGGUGAGUGUAGUGUGUUGUGAAUAUAUAUCAUUUAUUGUAUGAAUUGAUGUGCUUUGGCAAUAACAAGUCUUUGUUCAUGCCAAUAAAGCAAAUUUGAAUUGAAAUUG